CUUAGGAGGAGCUAAUAUUUUCUUUGGGUCUCAACUUGACAAAACCCCAGUUUUUUUUUUACGAUUUUCGUAAAAUAUUUUGCAAAGAAAUUUUAAAAGUUUGUACCAUGAACCACAUAAAUUCAGUUGCAUUCGAGGGGCUGAUGGAACGCACCAAUAAAAGCAAUGAGCAGCAAAUGGAACUGGAAUCUUCAUUUGGUUUGGUUGAAAUCACAAAGGAGCCCGUAAAGAAAUCUGAUGAAUCUAACGAAGGUGUUCAGGUGAUAGAUGGAAAUCCGAAGUUGGAUACUCCCAAGGAGCUUAUAAAAAAACCCGAUGAAACCGAGAAAGAGGAGCAGAAAAAGGCAUCAGGAAUCGCAACCCAUACUCCAAGUAAAAUGGACACCAAGCCGACGAGCCUGUCAUAUUUCGAUUUCAACAAGAUGGCAAAACUAAGGGCGCUGGCUUUUAAAGAAACCACUCCCAAAUGGGUUACAGAAAAGGAUCGUUUGAUGAUGGUAUCCUUAAUCGUCGACGAGAUCAACGGGCAGCUGAGCGAUCUGAUCGCCAAGUGUGAACGAUUGCAGAAGAAGUCCGAGGGAAAACCCAUCAUGCUGCCAAUUAAACUGCUGCCACGUUACCUCAGGUACCGGCCACCUGUGGUCAUCUCCUCCCUAAUCCCCUCCAGGAAGGCCCCCAAGUUGAGCAAGAAGAAGGUGCGCCUGGUGGUCAAGGGACAAGUCAAACACCGAUUGUGCAACUGCUACGUCACCGUCAUCACCAGGAACCCAGAAUGAACUAAUAAACUGAAAUGCCUUCGGUAAUUUUUAAAAUACAAAA